AUGAACCAGGCCAGAACGGGACAUCGCAUGGCUUGGGGAGAGCGCGGUAAUCGGAUUCUAUCCUUCGAUACGCAAAGUAGAUGGCUCGCAAUUUUCCAGAAGAUCUAUCCAAGCUAUCCGAUACACUGUGUAACGGCACUUUUUGAUAUUUGUGACAAUGCCAAAUUCCCAAGGAGCAACAAGGUCUUCAAAGCAGUACUGGUCAAGCUAAAGAAGGAGAGACAGGGAGACUGCUACCUUGUGACAGAAGCAGGUGAUUCUGAUGGGAGUUUCAUUGUGCAACAUUUCUUGACAAAGUAUCUGAAAUCUGGUGGCAAAGUCAUCUUUCUAGGCCUUUCACAAUCAUUCAGUCACUACAAUGCAGUAGCGCAAAAAUUGGGUGUCAAUUUGAUGGCAGCCAGGACUUCAGGGCAUCUGGACUUCAUCAGUGGCUUGCUAUACUCGCUCCCAUUAAUGAGAGAAGAUGGGUCAUCACAUAAAACCAGCAGUGAGGACAGCAUCCUACAAAACUGCUCGAUUGCUAAGUCCUUACAACCGCUUUACAAUCAAGUACAAAAACAUCUGUGGAUAGAGACUGGUGAACAAGCCUAUAGUGGGACACAUCUAAUAAUUGAUGACCUUAGCAUUCUACAUAGUCUAGGAGUUGAUACAGGUCAAAUAGCAGACUUUAUGCAGUACUGUCAGGCAAGCAUCCUUGGACAUGAUAAAGAGCAUCCUGGUAGCAUAGUGAGCUUACUUCAUUGUGAUGGAGACGAUGACGACGAUGUGAUAUCCUUGAAUACUCAACUCCAACAUACAUGUACCUGUCAUCUCUUGGUAGAGAGUUUACCAACAGGCUUCUCCAAAGAUGUUCAUGGUCAGUUGACAAUCAGACGGAACUCAUCAAGUCUGGAGAAUGGAAGGAGAUCCAAGAAGACGCUGCAGUUCAAGAUCACAGACAAGAACGUGUCCUUCUUUGCUGCUGGUACAUCAUCAGCCGUCCUAUGAGCAUUGGCAGCUAAUCUUAAUCGAACCAAACCCGUGGACAGUACAGAAGCAGUAAGAUGCACCGAGCUUGUG